UUUCGUUUGAGCACUUCAGCGUCGCGAUCGGGUCUCGCAGCCACGAGAUACAGCAACCCGCCCACCAGCGCUCUUGAUGUGGGGCAUCUUAGCCCUUGUCGGGCUCCUGCUGCUAAGCAUGGGUCGGCAGAGAGUGGACCCCGUAGCCGCUGAAAAGGCGUGUGAAGCGGUACGCAGCGGUCGCAUGUCACAGAACGCCGCUGCAGCUGCCUUUGGGUUGGGUAGAAGCUCCCUCCAGCGGCGUCUGGAUGGUAAUUGCGCCAUGGACGCGAGGGUUGGCCCCGGGACUGUCAUGACCAAAGCAGAGGAGGACGCGGUGAAAUAUCUCCUGUUGUACGCUGGCAGAAACUUCAUUCCUCUCACCACCGCAGACCUCACGGAACGCGUGAGCCGGCUCUGCAACGACGGUCGGCCGAUCCCGUGGAACAGUGACAAGGGCCCGGGGAAGGACUGGCUCAAGGGCUUCCUCGGAAGGCACGAGGGCAUCAGCCAUCGACUCGCCCGCAUCUACGAGUCUAACCGGGUGACCUCGUCAGAGGAUGAGCGUCUGCACAAGUUCUACGGUUUUUGGGCGGAGUUUCUCGGCGAGCACAGGCCUGCGGCCGACCACAUUUGGAACACGGACGAGUCAGGGACAGCGGGUCUAUGCGGAACGGGGGCAGCCGGUGGUCCCGCAGAUGCGUUCCACUUCGCGGAGAACUGCACGAUCGUAACUACCAUCAACGCCGCCGGCGCCGUGUUGGCCCCUACCAUUAUCUUCAAAGGGCAGCGUUUCAACGAAGAUUGGAUCGUGGAUCAGGACGGCCCGCCGGGUGCGACGUACACCUGCACGGAGUCGUCCUUCAUGUGUGGUGACGUGUUCAUCAAGUACAUCAUGGACUUCCACGAGCAGCUGCGCAAGCGCAACUUGCUCGAUGGAAAACCCCAUGUGCUCGUGCUGGAUGGGCACGCGUCGCACGUGAGCUUGGAAGUCGUGGAGUUGGCCAGGUCCCUCAACAUCCACCUCGUCCAGCUGCCCUCCCACAUGUCCCACAUCACCCAGCCCCUGGACGUCGCUGGCUUCGGGUGCUUCAAGAAGGAGCUGACCAAGGCGAUCCAGGCCUUCCCGGCGACACACGGAGGGGCGUUGCCGCGGAAGCGGGACAUGGCCUCCGUGAUCGGGCAAGCGUGGAGCACGAGCUUUACGCCGGACAUCAACAAAGCUUCCUUCGCCGGGGCGGGCCUUUGGCCGGUGGACAAGGAACGGGCACUCAGUCGGCUGCUGAAACCCAAGAGGAAGGAGAGGGAAACCGACCGCCCUCCCCUGCAAGACGUCCCCAUCGCCGUGAGCAACGAUCGGCUGGAGGAAUUGCUGGGCGAACGCGCCGUCCGCAAGCUCCUGGGGGAAGGCCACACCCUCACGGGACUCCGCGUGAGCACGGUGUUUCUCGGCGACUACCUGCCCAGCAAGCGAUCCAAGAAGCCGCCAACCCGGGCGAACUUGGGCAUUCCAGAGGGAGGACUUCUCACUUGUGACGGGUGGUUGGCGGAGAUGAAGAAGAAACAAAACGAAGCCGAGGCUGCCGAGGCCGCCAAGGCGGCAAAGGCCGCGGCGAGGCAAACGGCACGGGACGCGAAGGCGGCGGCGGCGGCGACGGCGGCGGCGAGGAACGGCGGGCGGGGACGGGGGCAAGGGCAGGGCAGAGGGCGGGGCCAGGGAAGGGGGCGGGGGGGCGGGCGAGAAGAGGAGAGUAGGAGGGACGAGCGAACCGAGAGAGGGAGGGAGGAAGGGGGGGGGCGAGGUGUUGGUGUUGUUCAAGGGGGGCGAGGGGGGCGUGGGCGGGGCGCGCGGGUGGGCGGGCGCACUGUUGGUGGCCGCGGCGAGGGCACGGGGGGGCAUGGGCGGGGAGGUGGUCCUAGCCGCGGUGGGAGAGGGGCGGAAGGAGCGGGAGGGGCGGGAGGGGCGGGAGGGUCAGGAAUCACCGGGGGUCAGCCGCCGGCGGCGUCCGUAUCGCGAUCGGGACGAACCCGCACGCCGACACCUGUAGUGGAUGUCUAGGUUUCUUCGGGGAGGUGGGGGUUGUAUUGUUGUGCAGAGAACCACAUGGUAUCGGGCUAAAGUUAGCUCUGAAUGGCUUGAAAUUUGUGUGUGGAACUGAUUUCGAACUGUUGAGUGUUCAGUACGGGUCACGAGGGUGCUUCAGGUAACGUGGUUGUCAAACAGCACGUCGAGGGGGAGGCGGGAAUGGCUGGCGGACAACUUGUGGACAAACCCGGGGAUGCUGUACUUUUGUCCCCUGGGCUAUGUUUUGUUUUUUUUUGUCAUCCAACGUGUUUUCUGCAACCUUCAGUACGUUCCUCUGAAACGGCGUCACGCGGGGGGUUAACAUGGGUGUAAAUAGUUGCUUCAACAUGUGGCACGGUUUUGGCGGAAUUUGCUGCCGUACAAGCCAAAAAGGGGGCAAAAGUGCCCAUGUUUAGACAGGCAUAUCACCAUCCAUAGGCAUCCGUUUAACUUUUUUUUUUUGUGACUCAGAACAGGAU